AUGGAUGAUGAGAAUCUGUCUCACCCCGGGGCCUCAACUCGGUCGCGUCUCCCUCAACCUGGUCUGCGCGAAAUGACCUCUGCCACAACCAAUUCGCGAUCCGGCAUCCUGCCGCCUGGAAGCAUUGCCAACAAAGUCACCAGCGUCUCUCCAACUCGAUCCAAUGCCCCGAACCCUACGGAUACCAAGCGCUCCGGAUCAACCAUGCGACAGCCCACCAGCCCGACCAAGGCCCACGCCCGCGGAAGCUCCUACGCCUCAUCGACCAUGUCCCGAAGCAAUUCAACAGCGACCCGCUCGAUCAAGGGUGGCUUCUCAUCUACUGUCGGUGCUGGUAGCAUGCGACCGGCCUCCUCAAUGGCACGUCCAGCUUCUUCGAUCGGUACCCGCAAACUGAACAGCUCAUCGAUCUCUCGCCCCGCCACUUCAAUGGAUACCCGUAUGGACGAUGCCACAGGAAGUGUCCUAGGAAAAAGAAAGGACACAACAUCAUCAACUGCCGAAACCCAGAUCCCUAGCUUGACCACCCAACUUGCGUCUGUUUCCCUUGCGGAUAGUGGUGUCCCAGAUGUUGUGCCAUGCCCACUGUUCAAGCAACCCCCCCAUGGAUCACACCCCCUUCACCCCAAUGAGACCUGCAGCACUCGCAAGCAGCCCACCCCCCUCUUCCUCACCAAAAAUUCUUCUGUUCAGGUUUUUAACAGCCGUAUAGAUACCCAGUGGGACCACGAGCUCAGAGAAAAGCAAAUGAACGACAUGUUUGAAACCUUCAUGUCACGGAUGAACCAGCAAGGCCACAAUAGUGCCGGCCUCAAGGAAUCGGUCGACUUCUACAAGACUCGAAUUGACGAGCUUGAGAAAACCCGUGACGCCAUCACAGAAAGCAAUACAAACUUGCGAGUGGAGAUGGAGGUCUUGAAAACUCAAUUAAUAACUGCCGAGAACUCAUUGAAGGCUGUUCAGCGAGACCAGGAGAUCGCCAUAGACGAUCUUGAAAUGCGCCAGCGCAUUGAGAUGGAAUCCAUUCGACAGGACAGCAAGAAGGAUGCAGAAGCUCUGAGCGCCCGUCAUCAAAUUGAAAUGCAAGAACUUCGACGGCAACUGGAGAAUGAGAUCGAAGAUGAGAAGGCAGCCCGCGUUCGCGAGCUCGGGAAAAUGACCUCGAAAAACGCCUCCGCGCUGCAAGAAUCUGAAAUGGAACUCAGAAGCAAACUCCGCGAAAUCGACUCGGUCAGCAGCUUGUUGGAGAGCACGAAAGCCGAAUUGGACCGCGAGCGAAAGCACACCAACGAUCUUCGCCAGAAUUUAGACACAGUCAGUAGCAACAGUGUCACUUUGGAGUCUACGAUCCGAGCCCUCAAGGCCCGAAUUGAGUUCCUAGAGGGCGGCAGGGAGGAACAAUCUGAAGCGUUUGAGCGAUGCAAUCAAGAUAUGAUGGACGCUCUAGCCGAAACCGACGCAGUCAAGGAGAAGCUGCGCAGAGAGGAGACACUCCGUCGAAAGCUUCACAAUCAGGUCCAGGAACUGAAGGGAAACAUCCGUGUCUUCUGCCGUGUCCGUCCCUCUUUGAAUAGCGAGCCUGCCUCUCACAUCGCUGCUAUGCAAUACCCCGAUGAAACCGAGGACGCCAAGGAGAUCAACAUCAUGGGCCUUGAAGAGAAAAGCAGUCUUGGGACUGUCUCACGCAAGAAUAACAACUUCUCCUUCGACCGCGUCUUUGGCCCCCGCACGCAGAAUGGAGAGGUCUUCGAUGAGAUCAGCCAGCUUGUCCAGAGUGCUCUUGAUGGCUACAAUGUCUGCAUUUUCUGCUAUGGUCAGACUGGCAGUGGUAAGACACAUACCAUGUCUUCUCAGGAUGGUAUGAUCCCUCGCGCUGUUCACCAAAUAUACGAGACCGCUCAAGGUCUGGAGGAGAAGGGCUGGCGCUAUACAAUGGCUGGAAACUUCGUGGAGGUGUACAAUGAAAACUUGAAUGAUUUACUCGGCAACCCCGAUGAGUUGGAUAAGAAGAAGCAUGAAAUUCGCCACGACAUGCAGCGUGGCAAGACAAUAAUUACGGAUAUCACCACGGUGCAAUUGGAUUCGCCCGAAAUGGUGGAGUCGAUUCUCAAGAACGCAGAUGCCAAUCGCUCUGUGGCAGCGACAAAGGCGAACGAGCGAUCCUCGCGAUCUCACUCCGUCUUUAUUCUCAAACUCAUUGGAGAGAACCACAUAACCGGCGAGCGCAGCGAGGGUACCCUCAACCUGGUCGAUCUCGCUGGUAGCGAGCGCCUGAGCCAUAGUGGGGCCACAGGUGAACGUCUCAAGGAGACUCAGAACAUUAAUCGCAGUCUCAGCUCGUUGGGUGAUGUGAUUGCUGCUCUUGGCCAAGGCAAGGAUGGUGGUCACAUACCAUACCGGAACAGCAAGCUUACCUACUUGCUCCAAUUUUCUCUCGGCGGCAACUCGAAAACCCUCAUGUUUGUCAUGGUCAGCCCGCUGCAGGCACACAUGUCGGAGACGUUGACCAGCUUGAAGUUCGCAACGAAGGUGCACAAUACUCAUAUCGGCACAGCAAAGCGACAGGCGCGUGUUCGCGACACUUGA